AUGUUUAGGUCAUCAUUCAGCGACUUUGCCUCAAAGUACGGUAGGGACAGUCGCUUUAAAGGCAUCGAAAAAAUGCGUGAACGGGAGACGAUGUUUGAUGAUUACGUUCGAGAAGUGCGACGCAAGGAGCGAGAAGAGAAGACAGCGGUACGAAACAAGCAAAAGACGGAAUUCGUUGAAUUGCUCAAAGAGCAAGAUACGAUUCGCAAGCACAGCAAAUGGUCAGAAAUCAAGAAAACGAUCGACAGCGAUGCGCGCUAUCGCCAGGUCGACAGCAGCAGUUUAAAGGAAGACUGGUUUAAAGAGUACUGCAAAACGCUAACAUCCGAAAACUCGGUAAUUAUUAAUGAUAUGCAUCAUUUUUUGUUUCUCAGUGUCAGUCAACCAUAUCAGCCUGUUUUUUUAGGAUGA